AUGAGUUCGAUCAAAGCUCGUGGUUCCACUUCUAGUACGUUGAGUGGUGAUUCUGUGUUGGACAAUCCCUGCUGGGGCGAUCCUCAACACUGCAGUCUAUCCCAUCUAUUGACUUUGAUCCAGCGAGAAACGCAAAUUCUGUUGGAAUCUCCCGACUACAUUUUGCUGAACAAACCUGCGGAUUUGCGGAUGGAUGGAGAGUAUCCUUCAUCGGUCUUUAAGCUACUGACCUUUUGGUAUCCUCCUCCUUCCUUGCAGGGACUGAAGGAGGAAACGUUGUUGGACCAACUACAAUCGUUUCACAAUCAUUCCCAGAUUGGCGACAAUGAACUACGACCCUGUCAUCAAUUGGAUUAUGCCACUUCAGGAGUUCUCCUGAUGGCGCGAUCGGCUCCCGCGGCUACCUGGGCAUCCUCCAGAUUUGAGCACCGCCAAGUCCAAAAGACCUAUUUGGCCAUUCUUCAUGGACACUUGACUACCAGUACGCUUGCCGACAAUAAUCUACCCAUCAUUCCACAAGACAAAGUCAACACUUUUUUACAACAACAAGAAACUACAUAUCGAAAGCGACAAAAAAAGACACGCAAAGAUACCUUUCAAGGAUAUCAACCAAGCAAUGCCUUUUUGCAAAUCUACAAGGGAAGAUAUGCUCGUCGGCGGCAACAGCAACAACAUACAAACAAGAAACGAAAACGUAAUGAAAAGCUCACACCUGAACAAUGGGACCAAGUCGAUGCCGCCUUGCAAUUGUCCACUGAACAUCAAGCACAACUGGCACAACUCUCCUUUCGAGAAAUCAAGAAACAACCCACAUUGCUGCAAGGACUGACACGUGCCACAGACUGUUACAACAACUUUUUGAGAGAGGUUCUUCACCGGCCCCAAGAUGACGACAUCAACCAGAACCAUCUACCACCAUUAUUCCGAGUGCAAGAAGAGGACAACUCUUUUUACAUUUAUCUGGCUGUGGCCCAAGUGGACCACGAAUUUGCCAUGCGGAUACCAGUCGCACACGAAUGGCUGGAGACUACUACAACUGACACCCCCAAACUCAAUUUCAAAGUCGCAUUGACCAAAUGCCACAUUGUGCACACGACACACCUCCGUGGUCAUCCGGUGACCAAAGUACGAUUAGAACCACGAACGGGGCGACGACAUCAGUUGCGCAUCCAUACGGCUUUUGCCGGACAUCCCAUUGUCGGAGAUCAAACCUAUGAGGGUCCCAAAGAAAAGAAUCCACCCAACUUGUCCUCUCGCAUGUGCUUGCAUGCCUACACGUUGGGAUUGCCACUGCCCAAGAAAAACGGGAAGGAUGCGGUCAAUGUCAAGAACGAUAACAAUCAUCACGACCCACAGCUACAAAUCACUGCACCAGAUCCAUUUCCCAUUUCACAAGAAGGGGACUUAACGAUUGCUUCCAUGUAG